UGCCGCUGCCGUUCAUCUGCCCCGACGCCGGGGAUUAGGCCGAGGCUGCCUCCACGAGUAUCGCUCCUGUAGAGACAUUGGCAUGACCCCCGAGCCUUUCAGAGCUGGUCGCAAUCAACCGAGUACUCGACGUUAUGGCGAUGGCCGUGAGGGAGCCCACCGUAUUUCCGCCCGAAGAUGUUGUUGUUCGUGACACCUUCGACCCUCCAUUUACAAGAGAGCCGUACAUUCCACGAGAUGUUACUAUUGACCGGAACCGUGAUGUCGAGGCCAACGAUGACGGGGAUGAUGAAGGAACUGCUUCUGUAGAGCUAGCCGCCAUCAUGACGGCUACAUCAACUCCUGUGACGCCCGGACCCUCGAGUCCGCCACUUGAGCCACCAAAGUCUGCCGACUUCAUUCCGCCGACCCGACCCAGUAGCACGCCUUUUCCUAAUGCGCAACAAGGUCCAUCCGAGAUUCGGUGCUUAACCUGUCAACCCGCCUGCUUUGACCCCGAUGUGCGGCGGCUACAAGACCCAGUUAGCACAGCCACCAUCGACGAGCUUCCGAUCCUAACCCUUACUCAGCUGCCGGCGGAGAUUCACGAGUGCAUAUUAGAUCACAUAUUCGGCUACCGAGUAUCUACGACUUCGCCAAGCUCCUUGAGCAUACCCAGCGUCAACGCCCGAAGUUGGAGUACUGCGCUACGUCAUUCAAGAAGAAAGGAGUUGUCCAACCUUGCCUUAGUUAGCCAGCUGUGGCGUGAUCUGAUCCAGGAGCGACUGUACCGACAUAUCAAGCUCAAGGCAACCGUAUCAGCCGCUCACGAUGUCAUGACCCAUUUUGUACAGCACACUCACUUGAGUGCUUAUGUCAAACAUGUCGAGAUUUGGUUCCCUGUCUUCCAGCCCAAAUUUCACCAUCCAGUCCUAGAAGAAGGCUCAUUAGCCUUACCUACCGUUUCACCCGAAGGAAUUGCUAGUGCCACCUACGGUUUACCUACGGACAAUGCCACCAUGGAAGAAGUCUUUUCACUUGUUCGUAUGACAUUCCCUGAAGCACGUGUUAUGACUCUCGAGGGUGGGGAGAGGAAGAAAGCACCGCGGGUACGCUACAGUACUCCGGGUUCAGGCUCUGCCACGGGAGAUGGAGAUCUACCUCAAAUUCCUAGUAUUCGGACCCUCAUUGUUAAGGGUCAAUGGAAUAUUAUACGGCAGCCUAAGGACUGGGAGAAUAUUUCAAAAGCAUUGCCAAGCCUUGAGGAAUGGCAUGGCACAUAUGCUAAGCCUAAAUCUAAGAGCUACCUCAGUAUGGCCCAUACUCUAGAUAUAUUGGAUCAUAAGAUCACUAAGCUCAACCUUUGUCUGGAGUGUGAUUAUCGAAGAGAAAUCACCUGUCCUCCUUACUACCUUAAAGUGUGCGAACAGGUGCACUGGUGUGAGAAACUGGCAAGAGCUGCAAUCCAUCUCGAGCACCUUUCAUAUACGGGCCGCAUCUGUCAUAGCUUCUUUGACAUUCUAGCCCGAUACACAAAUCCACGAAUGACCAGGCUGAAGACAAUCGACAUCACUGUCAAGAACUGCUGUCGGCAGAAUGCACAAUGGAACGAAUCUGGCUCGGGUAUUACCGAUAUGCACUUCAUUGGUGCAUUUGAGCAACUUGUCUUAAGCGGCAUCCGCGCUCUAGAAAGACUCAAAACGGUGGACUUGUUACGGAUUCGUUACGUUGAUCUUGACUCGCCAGUUCCGCCCUUGAACCCUUACUUUCUAGUACGAGAUGGCUGGUGCUCCGGCGUCUGGAGCGAGCAAAUACUUGAGGAAAUCCAUCGUGUGCGACCUAAUAUUCGCUUCAAGGAAAUAGUCGAUAGUUUUGGGGAAGUGGGUUACAACAAGGAAGGACGCCUCAUAAUCAGUCCGGAUUUCCCCAAGUCCCGAGUGCUAUCUCUCAAACUAGCCAACUAUGCUAUGCUUGCCGGAGGUAUAACCAUUUUAUGAGCAGCAUCAGUGAACCUCUCAAAGCAGGGUGAUGAAGUGACACAGUAGCAUGUGUGAUAAAUGACAACAAAGACCAACAAGACGAUCACAUGUGCGCAUUCAGCAGCUCGAUACGCACUUCUUGACGUUGACCCUUAUUAGGGUCCCAUCAUAAUCCUUUCCAGACAUUUAUUGGCGUUUCGAGUUGCAUCCUAUACCAACCACGACGCACAGCUGGACUGCAUUUCGGGCUAGCGUCGGUUAAUUGGCUUUCGCUCAGGAAAA